UCAUUUGCAGUGGGUGAGGGAAGCACAGGGGAAAGGGAUUGGCUGAGGGAGAGCGAAGCGUCACUGCUCAUGAGGGGGUGCUCUGAGGAUGCUCUGCUGAACUGGGAGUGAACACAUUUGCUGGGAGUUUGCAUUGAGAGCUCAGCCAUCGUCAGCUGCACACUGGGAACAGGGACUCCUCUGCAGAAUCAUUUUCCACACCCAGUGCUUGUUCUCCUCUCUCAGCUGCAGCCAUGAAUUAUCUGCGUCGGCGUCUCUCGGACAGCACGUUCAUCUCCAACCUGCCCAAUGGCUACAUGACAGACCUCCAGAGGCCUGAGGCUCAGGCUGCUCCACCUGCCUCCCCCACACCUGCCAAGUCUCCUACUACUGGGCCUUCACCUCCGGCCACUUCCCCUGCUCCAGAGAGAAAACCCCAGCCAUCUCAGUCAAGCGGAGCAGGCUUCUUCAGCUCCAUCACCAACGUUGUUAAGCAGACAGCUGCCUCAGCAGGGCUAGUGGAGCAGACACAAGUCACGACGCCUAAGAAGUUCAAGAUUCUCCUGGUAAUUGAUGAACCACAACAGGAGUGGGCAAAAUUAUUCCGUGGGAAGAAACUACCUGGAGAUUAUGAGAUCAAAGUGGAGCAGGCUGAAUUCAAUGAGAUCAACGUCGUGGCUCAUGCCAACGGGACCUGCAUCGUUAACAUGCAAGCCUACAGAAAUGGCACCAAGGUUAUCAGGUCAUUCAAGCCGGACUUUGUCCUCAUUCGUCAACAUGCCUUCAGCAUGACCCAGAAUGAAGAUUUCCGCAACCUGGUCAUUGGUCUGCAGUAUGGAGGCGUUCCAUGCAUCAACACGCUGGAGUCCAUCUACAACCUGUGUGACAAGCCAUGGGCGUUUGCCCAACUUAUCAACACCCACAGGAAGCUGGGUGCUGAGAAGUUCCCUCUUAUUGAGCAGACCUUUUACCCCAACUACAAGGAGAUGGUCAGCAUGCCAUCCUUCCCUGUAGUUGUGAAGAUUGGACAUGCCCACUCUGGUAUUGGAAAGGUGAAGGUGGACAAUCACAGUAAGUUCCAGGACAUAGCCAGUGUCGUGGCUCUGACCCAGACGUACACCACCACAGAACCUCUCAUCGACUCCAAGUACGACAUCAGAAUCCAGAAGAUUGGCAACGACUACAAGGCCUACAUGAGAACGUCUAUAUCUGGCAACUGGAAGACCAAUACGGGCUCAGCUAUGCUUGAACAGGUGGCCAUGACUGAUAGGUACAAGCUGUGGGUUGACACCUGCUCAGAGAUUUUUGGAGGUCUGGCUAUUUGCGCCGUCAAAGCUAUCCAUGGGAAAGAUGGCAGAGAUUUUAUCACAGAGGUGGUGGGAUCCUCCAUGCCUCUGGUGGGGGAGCACCAGGCCGAGGACAGGCAGCUGAUCGCUGACAUGGUGCUGGCUCAGAUGAACCAGUUAGCAGAGAAGGAAGCCAAUGCUCCCCAGAGACCCACCACCAUUCAGCCAUCCCAGGGAACUGGCCAGAAAGGAGAGGUUGUCGGUGACCCAGCUAAGAACGGUGCGGUGGCCCCGCCUCAAGGUUGUCUGCAGUACAUUCUCGACUGUAAUGGCGUCGCAGUGGGCCAAAAACAAGUCCAGGCCAACUGAGUCGCCCAGGAGAAACUAGAGAAUUCUCAAAGUCUAGAUAACAACGACGUCUCUUAGCCAAACUCAAGCGCGGUCGUGUGUUUGUGUGGAUGCUAACAGCUUGAAUCAGAUCUUGGUGACGUGAGCUCGGAACAGCUGAGUGCUGCCCUGGACUGUGUUUUUAACUCUAUGCAGUGUCAAAAUGUACUGUCUACUUGUUGACCUGUUGAUUUGUGUGCUUGUAUAGGUCACCCUUGUUUCAGUAGCUGUGGUUUUUCUUUGGGGCUGUUGUUGAUGAUGUAAAAAGCAGAUUGUGCCUCCACUGAGUCCAGUGCUGCUCUGUGCUACCCGUUUGACCCAGCUAUAAAUAUUUUAUUUGCCCCUUACCCCCUUUUCUGUUGACUAUUUUGGUGUGUACCUUAGAUAUUGUUCGGACUGUGGACUAUCGUGCAGUUUGAAGUGUGUGUAUCUCAAUAUGUGUACAGUACGUGAGUGUGUAUGGCUGUAGUGGUGAUUAUUUUCAUACUAAUAUAAUAGAUAUUUAUUUUUGUUUUGCAUGAUUGAUACAAAAGAAGGUGCAAGUCAGUUACUAAUGUCUGAUCAAGUGGGAAAAUCAUGAAACAUCACUGUUUUACCCAAGCUGUGUUCCCUGUGAUUCAUGCAUUGUGAAUGUGUUUUAUGAAAUGCAUAUUAUAUAAGUUAAAUAGCUUACAUGUAUCCAUUACCAAUCAAGCGUUAUACCAGUGUGCAUACACAUACUAUAGAGAUAUACAGUAUGUGGCCUUUCUCCUUCUUUUCAUCAUUACUGUCACAAUGUUACCAGAAAAGAGAUUAUGUUAUGAGUGAUUUUAUGAUACUCAUAGAUAAACACAUUAUAAAUAAUAAAACUUAGUCUAAGAUCUAUUAGCUCUAUUAAAGAUACAGAUUAUAUUAUGAAGGGUUGUGCAGGUGUCUGCACACACAACUUAAAUAUAUUUAUAUAAUUUUGAACCAAAGAAUACAUCAUUUACUUUCAAUCGGUCUUUGCACUCCUGUAACCCACAAUGUAAAUAUCAGCGAGUGGGCUGCAGUGUGUGUAAUUUCACCAGAGAACAAGACAAUAAUUCUAUGUUUUCAAAUAGACUGUUGUGAAUCAAAGCCACUGAAUUGAUGCCAUAUAUUAAAAUUGUGGUCUCUCCGGUUGUGAGGAGGCGGGCAUUACGGCUACUAAUACAAAGGUGAAUAAUGUAUGAUCUGCCACUCAAUUGCCAGAUAUAAUGCCCCCCUGUGGCCCUCACACUGGAUAUUGGCUAUCAUUGUGGUGUUGCUAUGACAACAAUACGCAUUCUUUGAGAUUUUAGCGUCUGUGUUUCUGAAUAUUCAACACUCUUCCUGUGAUUUGAUGGAAAGUGCAAUACAAAUCUUUGUUUUUUACUCAAUAAUCGUUUUAUUUUCAAAUCAGAUCUUCCAUUGAAAUGAUUCAAAAAGCUAUAGUCAUCCACUCAAUGAAUUUUUUUUAAGCGUUUGUAAACUAAUAUCACAAUCACUUGGUUGUUGUCCAGUGGCUUAUGUGGAGGCUAUUUCAUAAAUCAAAUACCCUAAAUGGUGAAACAGCUAAAAAGCAACCAAAUCAACUGUAAAAAGAAAUCUGUACCUGUUUUCCAAUGUAUUUGUUACUAUAGUAUGACAUAUGUUCAGCAAGCUCUGUGUGCAAUUCUUUACCAAGUUGUAUAAAGUGCCAUUGUAUCUGUGAGUGUAUCCUUGUAAAAGCCAUGCCUGGGGCUUGAUGAGUGUGUUGUUCUGUUCAAUAGGAAAUAUGUCAAGGCAUUGAACUCCAAGGGAGAAACAUGCAGAGGAAACUGCUGCAUGUUCAUCCCUUGGUUCAGUGAUCGAGACUCGAUAUUUGACUAAUUAUAACUGGACGUCUUUAUUUGGCCGAUGUGUUGAGGUGAAACUUAUAUCUUCAGACCUGCAGGACUGCAACUAUUAAGGGCCAUGGUAACUUGCUCAAUAUAUGUACUUUUAAAACCGGUGUUGGACUGUUUAAAUCAAGAUCAGAAUACAAUAUAUUGUGGAAAAACUUCCUUUCUGGAUAUUUCCCCUCUGUCACUGGCAAUAAAGCUUCCUUUGCAAUAUAU